AUGGGCAAGAUCGUCUUUUACGAGGAGAAGAACUUCCAGGGUCGCUCCUAUGAGUGCAUGAGCGACUGCACCGACAUGUCCUCCUACCUGAGCAGGUGCCAGUCCUGCAGGGUGGAGAGCGGCUGCUUCAUGGUCUACGAGCGCACCAACUACAUGGGUCAGCAGUUCUUCAUGAGGAGGGGCGAGUACCAUGAUAUGCAGCGCAUGAUGAGCAUGGGAAUGAUGUUCGACUCCAUCAGAUCCUGCAGGAUGAUCCCCCAUCACAGGGGACAGUUCAGGAUGAGGAUCUACGAGAGGGAGAACUUCGGCGGUCAGAUGAACGAGAUGAUGGACGACUGUGACAACAUCAUGGACCGUUACCGCAUGAACGACUGCCAGUCCGUCAACGUGAUGGACGGCCACUGGCUGAUGUACGAGCAGCCCCAGUUCAGAGGCAAGAUGAUGUACCUGAGGCCCGGAGAGUACAGGAGCUUCAGGGACAUGGGCAUGAGCGGCAUGAGGUUCAUGAGCAUGAGGCGCAUCACCGACAUGUGCUAG